UACUACGAAAUGUCAUAUGGCCUUAAUGUGGAAAUGCACAAACAGACUGAAAUUGCAAAACGCUUAAACGCUAUCAUCGCCCAAGUGCUGCCCUUCCUCGCCCAGGAGCAUCAACAGCAAGUCGCUACGGCUGUGGAACGAGCAAAACAAGUCACAAUGGCUGAACUCAAUUCCAUCAUAGGGCAACAGCAACAACAAGGCCUUCAACAAUUGCUUCAACAAAUUCACGCACAGCAACUGCCACAUGGAGCGCACGGUCCUGGACUCCCAAUGGGUCCUCAUCCGGGUUUACCGGGAAUGGGUCCAGCAGCUGGUCUGCUGGGAUUUGGAGCUGCCGGGCUGGGCGCAGGUGUUCCGGGUGUUCCUGGAGGCCCCCAUCCCUCCUCGGCCGGCGGGGCGCAUCCUCUGCUUAAACCUGCCGAUCUCCAUGCCAGGGAUCCUCAAGAUCUCAAGAGGCCUGGUAGCACUAAUGCUGAAGAAAGACUGAAUUCUGUAUCUCCUGGUGAUAGAGACAAAUACAGAUCGAGAUCUCCACAAGAAGUUGAAUCAGUCAAACGAAGAAAAGAAGAAAAAUUAGGUCACGAAAGCGACGGUGAAAAAAGUGAUCAGGAUUUAGUUGUCGAUGUAGCCAAUGAAGAAGCGUCGUCUCCUCAUACGAAUGGUGAACAUGUAGCUUUAGGAAAUUCAGGGGAAAUUAGAGAAAACGGCAGUACCAACGGUGAUAAAAUAAAAAUUGAACGGCCUCCUAGUAGAAGUGGAUCAUCGUCGUCAAGGAGUACGCCGUCUUUGAAAAGCAAAGAUGAAAAACCUCUCACCCCUGGAUCGAAACCCAGAUCGACCACUCCUAAUUUAGGUGCAGGACCGGCUCCGACGGCGAAGGUGGGUCACGCUGGGCAGUAUCCGCCUUAUCCGAUGGGCGCGGGUAGAGGACCCGAACAUAUGAGCCCUUACAAUAACGUUCAACCUUCUCCCUAUAGCCGGCCACCCAUGUUGGGUUACGACGGCCAUCCUCACACUAGAGCUCCUGGAAUUGCAACGAAUGGUAUGGGAACCAUCCCCGGUGGAAAACCAGCUUACUCAUUCCACAUGAACGGCGAAGGGCAACUUCAACCUGUACCUUUCCCCGCAGAUGCACUUAUAGGGCCGGGAAUCCCUAGACACGCUAGACAAAUUAACACACUCAACCAUGGUGAAGUUGUUUGUGCUGUGACAAUUUCCAACCCUACCAAAUAUGUAUAUACUGGAGGAAAGGGUUGCGUCAAAGUGUGGGAUAUCAGUCAACCAGGAUCCAAGAGCCCCGUAUCGCAGUUGGAUUGUUUAUCCUCGUCUUUUCAGCAACGAGACAAUUACAUCCGCUCCGUCAAACUACUGCCCGACGGUAGGACCCUAAUAGUGGGCGGUGAAGCCAGCAAUCUGUCCAUUUGGGAUCUGGCGAGUCCCACGCCUAGGAUCAAGGCCGAAUUGACCUCGAGCGCCCCAGCUUGUUACGCUCUCGCUAUAAGUCCUGAUUCCAAGGUGUGCUUCAGCUGUUGCUCGGACGGCAACAUAGCCGUGUGGGAUUUGCACAAUCAGACUUUAGUUAGGCAGUUCCAAGGCCACACGGAUGGAGCUUCUUGUAUAGAUAUUUCGUCCGAUGGUACUAAGUUGUGGACUGGAGGGUUAGAUAACACGGUUCGUAGUUGGGAUCUUAGAGAAGGCAAGCAACUCCAACAGCAUGAUUUCAGUUCCCAAAUCUUCUCGUUGGGCUACUGUCCCACAGGUGAAUGGUUAGCAGUAGGUAUGGAGAAUUCCCAUGUGGAAGUGCUUCAUGCUACGAAAACGGACAAAUACCAACUGCACCUUCACGAAAGUUGUGUGCUCAGCCUAAGGUUCGCCACUUGCGGAAAAUGGUUCGUGUCCACCGGAAAGGAUAAUUUGUUGAAUGCCUGGAGAACGCCCUAUGGAGCCAGUAUAUUCCAGUCCAAAGAAUCUUCAAGUGUAUUGAGUUGUGACAUCUCGACAGAUGAUAAAUACAUCGUAACCGGCUCAGGUGACAAGAAGGCCACUGUGUACGAAGUGAUAUACUAA